AUGAGAAGCAAGAGGAUAUGCAGGGGAAAAAGGAGGAAGAGAGGCAGAAGAAGAACUAGAAGAGGAGGAAGAAGACGAAUGAGGGAGGAGAAGGAAAAGGAUGAGAAGAAGGAGCAAGAGGAAAAUCGAUUGGAAAAAGAACGGAAGAAUAGAUUGAGGAAGGAGGAUUGGCAAGAGGAGAAGGAGAGGGAGAAGAAAGAAAAGCAAGAGGAAAAGUUAGAGAGAAGAAAAGUCACUCGAAAGAUCAAGACUCGUCAAUUUGCUCAGAG